CGGCCGGUGUGUCUGUGGCCCCCAAAAUGGCCGUGAAAGCGCCGCAGGUCGACUUUAUCAACAAGGUGUCAAUGUCCUACGUCGUCUUCUCUCUACCACCUCUCAGACCACCACUUUUCCUUAGCAUUUCGUUGAGGAUCGCCACAUCCACUCACACACAACACAAGUGCCUUGCCAGAUGGCGCCCGUCAGAAGGAGGUAUACGAGCGCGCAACAUCCCGUUAGUCGAGACCUGGGUCUGUACCGUGCCACUGGCAGAGCGGCGCACCGUCGAACGAGCCUGGCCCCUGGCGCCGACGCCCUGCUCAAGUGGCUCAAGGAGGGCAGGAGCGUCAGCAGUCGUGUCAGCCUUCCCUCUCUUGCACGCUUGAUGGAGGAGCCUCCUGCGCACCCGCACACGCCCACCAGCUUGCCACCUCUUCGCACCCUCUGCAACAGUCCGGAGAACACCGUGUGUGCAUCUGCAUGGGAGAAGCAGCUGUGUCAACUGCCCUCAACGUCGACUGCACCAACGAGUGACGCAUCGAUGCUCUCGCCAACAUCGAGUCAGAGCCAUUUCAAUCUUUGCUCGUCCAGCCGCGCUACGGCACCGUCAUUCAGCAGCAGCCGCAACGGCACCAGUCCUAGCAACAGCACCGCCGACACCAGCACCGCCACUGCCACAAGCACCAGCACCAGCAUUAGUACCAGCAUAAGCACCAACACCAGCACUAGUCUCAGCACCAACACCAGCAACAGCAAUAGCAACAGCAAUAGCAACAGCAACAGUACUAGCACGCACACCCUGCAGACGGUUAUCAGUCAGCCAGCGCCACAAAGCGAUGACUACCACCGAACACAAGAGCAGUAUCAUCGCCAACAGCAAAAGACACACCCAAAGCAACAAGCCCAGCUGCAUGCACCUUUGGUCAUUAACAUCGCCGAGCUCGAGACGACGAAGCGAGCCGUAAUCUACCGUACAGCGAGGCAUACCGUCAGCCGGGCACGCUACGCCACCUGCGCAGACAAACGGGGCUCCAUUCCUGUGUACGAGUAUGAGGUCGAUGGCAACGUCAUUAUGAUUGACAUGGAAAAUUCCUAUGUCCACCUCACGGGUAUUUGCAAGGCGAUCGGGCAGAUGAGAGUGUCGACGGCCGAGAUCGUUCGCCUGGUGGAAGCAUUGCCAGAGCUGUCGCCUCACAUCCGUAAGGUCCGAGGUGGUUUUCUCAAAAUUCAAGGAACUUGGGUAGCCUUCAAGCUGGCCUACCAGCUGGCCAGCCGCAUUGCCUGGAAGAUUCGACAAGACCUCGUACCAAUCUUUGGACCGCGGUUUCCCGCGCAGUGCCUAGCGCCCAACGAUCCUGGCUUUGGCGAGCUGACUUUAACGUGCAAUCGACGAAGCAAGCGAGGCACUGCUCCACAGACAUCCUGCUUUGGUCCACCCGCGCCCGUAAUCUGGAUCGACAAUCAGAUGGCACCUGAAUCCAAAAUCGUACCCCAGAACCUCAACGUCGGUUUCAACGAUUCAGCAAGGUCAGACUGGAGAAGCGAGGAGACGCUCCAUCUCGCAGCCGCUUCAGGACCAUCUCCUGCACACUCGACUCUCGUACCUGUGGCUGAAAGGGCCCUGGAGAUUUUACAGGGACGACCGCACAGUAAUUACCACGAUGAUCAACGCCUCCCACAACGACAGUCACAAUCGUCUUCACGAGAGAUGCCGCUGUCUGUCGCGAUCUCUGCCCCAUGUCCCGCAUCCCUUCAGACAUCCACUGUUUCAGCACGUAGCGAAGGGGCAGAACAAGAGGCUGCUAGCCACCAUCCAGCGUUUGCGACACCCGUCUACCUCAAACCUGCCACGAUGGAACACAUUACGCCAGUUGUCACUUCUCAGCCACUCACGAAGGUGCCGGAGCACAAAAAAUUCCUGUUGAAUCCUCCUUCAGCUCAAGACUACAAGUGUCAUCAAGUUAGAAGCCUGUUCCCUCAGCAUUCGCAGCCACAGGCGGCGCCAUCGCAAGGCUCGGAAAUUAUUCCAUCCAUGCGACAUGAUCGUCGAAAGCAGGCAUGCCUCACUGUGCUUCCCCUUGGCGACGAGGGUGCUGCCUUUAACUGCCUGAACAGGCUUUGACCCUUCUCGAGAAGACUUCUGCCUCUUGCCUCAAAUUACUUCGAACCGCCAACGUACGAAGAACUGAACUGUUGACUUGUCAUAAUAUACCUCGUCUGUCUCCGCAGAGUAGAGCGCUUCUUCUUUCGCCCCUCUCUUCCUCUCUGUCACCUGAUUUCACACUUUGUACUCAUUCCACAGCUUUGCGUGACUACUUGCGCAGCAGAAAAUGAUCCGUGUUCUCCCUUUCAGUCUGGUGGUAGCGUGCGUAUACGGGUAACAUCUCGUCCUUUAGAUUUUAAACCACUCUGCGAUCACCCCUCUCGACUUUGUCUCCAAACGGGCUCGGACCGGAGUAGAGGAUCCUUGACGGCCUCUCGUCGUUCCACCAGCGACGGCUCAGGUCCAGCAGCGUCCUUCCUUGCGG